AUGAUAAACGGAACAAUUUAUGGUUUCGAGAACUGCAGGCAGGCAGCGAGCAGUGACAACCCAGGCGCGGUGAUAGUGAUCCUCGAACCCAGGCUGCGGGUGAUCGAAAUGGCAGGCUUGUCCAGUCAGCAUGUAGUUGCGGUGAAAAUCACGAGAGGCAGUGAUACGGAUGCAGUCACGGUGGUGUCGGCAUAUUUUAAGUACAACAUGCCGACCCACAACUUUAUUGCUAAACUAAGGACAAUACUCGAACGUGAAAACAGGACCAUAAUCGGAGCCGAUGUUAAUGGUCAUUCACCGCUCUGGCACUGUAACGACACGAACGACCGCGGAAGUCAGACGGUUGACCUGAUUGAGGAAUUUAAUCUCACAAUCAUCAACCAAGAAAGCGAGAUAACAACGUACAACCGAGAUGGCAUGGGCUCGUCGAAUAUUGAUGUAACCAUGGCGACACCGCGUACCGCGAGCAUGGUGCGGGACUGGUCAGUUACUGACGAAACCGACAGUGACCACAACGUAUUGUCAUUCUAUGUCGACCUAAGGACGGACAGAUCGCCGAGGGUGGUUUCACACCGGUACAACACCAAGCGGGCGGAGUGGGCCAAAUUCGCCUCAUGCCUGUGUAAUCAAAGGGCCAUAAUCGACAGAUCGAAUGUAGAUACUUACGCUCGGACAUUAGUAUGCGCAAUACAAAACGCAGCCGCGGGUUCAACGCCGAAAGCGGGCGCAGCAGACCGGAGAGCGGGCAAACAAUCCUGGUGGACGGCUGAACUUUCCACCGCCAAAAAAGCCUUGGACCGCAUGAGGAGAUUGGGCCUCCAGAGAACGGAUAGACCGUCUUACAACCAAGCACGUAACUCAUACGUAGCUCACAUCCGAUCAGCUAAGCUCGCAGCGUGGCGCUGUUUCGCUGGAGAUAUUAACGCAAACACGUGGGGUAAAGCAUUCAGCUGGGCAAAGUGCGGUUGUAGGUCGAGGAAGGUACCCUCCACCAUGACUUGCCCAGACGGAUCAAUGACCGAAACACUAGACGAGACGGCACAGGUACUCUUAGGGUCUUUCUUCCCUAGGGAAGGGCAGAAAAGAGACCUCAUAAGAAGCGGGCCUUUAGAUAACUAUGGAGGCACGGUGGACGCUGAAAGAGUCAGAGCGGCGAUCUGGAGGAUGCGUCCAGGCAAAGCGCCCGGAGCCGAUGGUAUCACGGCUGGUUUGCUGAGGAAAGCAUGGCCGAUCCUAGGUGAGGUGGUACGCCUCUUCAGAACAUGCAUAAUUGAAGCCACUUUCCCGCAAUCAUGGAAGUGCGCCAACUUGGUCGUACUGCUUAAACAAGGGAAAAAGGACGCUACGAAUCCAAAGUCAUACAGACCAAUAAGCUUGUUGCCUACAAUGGCAAAAGCACUCGAAACCCUUAUCAUUCAGGACUUGGAAACGGAAACCGAGUUAAAUAGUUAUGGCCAACAACACGGGUUUGUGCCAGGCAGGUCGACCAUCACGGCAAUGAAGUCCCUGUAUGAUUGGAUACAUGGUAGCAACAGCAGGCACGUGUUCGGAGUGUUUCUGGACAUCACCGGGGCCUUCGACAACGUCGGUUGGUUCCCGCUAAUGUCCAGACUUGACGUGCUCGGCGCCUCGAUCAGAACAAUGAGACUAAUCCAGAGCUACCUCGUCAAUAGGUCAGCGAGCAUCGUGAUAGAGGGCAAACGAUACCAGCGAAUAAUAGAGAGCGGAUGCCCACAAGGGUCCCAGCUUGGUCCCACAUUGUGGAAGGUUGCCAUGACGGAGAUUGGCAACAUGCAACUGGACAACACAGCCAACAUGGUGCUGUACGCAGAUGACAUAGCGCUCACGGUGGCAGCGGCGAGGCCCCAAACCGCACACGGUAGAAUCGAAAGAUACCUCGAUGGCCUCAAAGCGUGGGCUAAGGCAUACGAGCUGGAAUUCUCGCCAACAAAAAGCCAGUUACUCAGCCUGAAAGGUGGACUAAAGCCCGGCUACUCGGUCGGCUUUGGCUCAGGAGAAAAUGACGCCAGGAUAGUGGCUGGAGCGACAGCGAAGUACUUGGGCGUCAUCCUUGACCCCAGGGAGAGCUUCUGGGACCAUGUGUCGUCCCUCAAGAAAAAAUCAGACGGCAUGUACCGUAGAUUAAGACAAAUGACUUCGGCAAACUGGGGCAUGGGCCGAGCGGCGGCCAAAGCUAUCUACGAGGCGGUGUUCCUCCCUCGUGUUACGUACGCAGCAGAAAUCUGGGCCGAAGGAGCUUGCACUCUUAAGAAAAGCAUAGCAGCUCUCGGGAGCAUGCAGAGGGAACCACUCAGGGCAAUAACGAGCAGCUACAAAACAGCGUCAACUAACUGCCUCUCGGUCGUGGCGGGCGUACUCCCGCUCGACCUUGAGGUCAGGAGGGUGGCGCUGAAAUGUAAGCUAAGAACCGGUGGAAUGACCAACGAUGAAUAUGAGAUGGGACUCAGUGCACUCAUGGAGGAGUGGCAGGUCCGGUACGAUUCAGUCGAUAAGGGAGAUUGGACCAAAUUCAUGAUCCCGGACGUCGCCAGACGAUGCGAGCUACCAUUGGUGUUGGAUCAUUAUACAACGCAAUUCCUUACUGGGCAUGGAGACUUUCGAAGCAAGCUCUACAGUUUCAAGCUUCAACCCAGCCCAAAUUGUGCUUGCGGCAAUGGGGCAGAGACGGUAAGACAUGUACUCUUAGCUUGCACAAGGACGCAAGAGUUCCGCGAAGAGCUGAUAACCGUAAUGAUAGAAGAAGGGGUGGCUUGGCCCCCGGAAAGAGGAGCCUUCCUCAGUACAAGAAGGACAUAUGAAGCAUUAAGAAAGUUCAGUGAAAGAAGCCUAAAGAACAGAACUGAUAGGUAG